AUGUUCGAGGCGCCUCAAAACUCCGCCCACCUCGGCGGCGGCGGAAACCACCUUAUCGGCGGAAGCCGCCUGAGCGUGGAGCAGGCGCUGCUGCUCAACAUGUCGCGCACGGAGGCGGAGAUGCGCAAGGUUGUGAUGGAGCGCGACGUGCUCAGAGAGGAGGUUGCGCGCAACCAGGCGGCCAUGCGCCAGCUUUCCGCGGACAAGUCCGCGCUCGAGGACCGCGUUCGUGCGCUGGAGAGCACCGUGCGCGGGCUCGAAACCCGCGCGCGCCAGCUCGCGGGGGACAAGGGACAGCUCUCCGCCGAGCGCGCGCAACUCUCCGCGGAGCGCGCGGGGAUAGAGUCGCUCGUUCGCGCCGCGAAGCAGGAGGCGUUCUCGCAAGCAGUGAGUCAGAUCCACGUGGCGCUCAGCUGCGCGCCGAUUCCGCGCGGAAUCCGCUUCGCGCCCGUCGACGCGGAGGUCUUUCAGUACCUUUCGCGGAAGGUUCGCGGCGAGGUAGAAGACGUGGGCCUAGACCGCCUCCUAGUCCAGAGAUUAAGACGCGUCGCGGACUGCGACGGACUAAUCCCCGAAAUCGAGCUCCUUAAGUUCCCCAGGCCGUGGCACCUUCCCGGAUUAGACGUCUCCCCGGACGGCAAGGGCUUGACGGGGUUCUUUUUCGUUAGACCGGAAUGGCGGCCGAACGAGCGCCGCAGGCGGAGAGAGGCGGAUAUGGCGCCGUCCGACCCGAAGCCGCCCUGCUGGAAGGAGUCGUGCCAGCCCACGCCGUUCGCGGAUCUUGCGCCGAGCCUUGGCGCUUCCGUGGGUGCGGGGGGAGUGUGCGCGGGCGGAGUGGGCGGAGUUGCGGGAGCGGGGAUGGGAGGGGCUCUUCUUUUCCGGCCCGAGCGACGGAUGUUUCGUUUCAAGCUGCCCGGGACGCGGGAGGGGCCGGCGGGGGAGAAGGAGAAGUGGAAGAUGUAUGAAUACACUCUAAAAUCGGAUUUGGAAAUGUACGAAGACAAGAGGAGCGGGUUUCCCGUGUGGGUCGUGUGUAAAGUCGUGAGAGAGGGGCCUAUGACGAGGGAAGAGGAGGAAGAGGCGAAGGCGCGAGCUGCUGCGGCGGCGGCGGCCGCGGCGGCUGGCGGCGGGUCGAGCGGGAGCGGCGGGGGAAACCAGGGAGGCGGGGGAGGGGGAGCGGGAAGCGGAGGGGGAGGAGCGUAUUCAGGGGGAAGCUCUGGGACGGGGGGAGCGUUUGGGGGAGGGGGUGGGGGGAGCGGCGGGGAGAGCGGGUAUCGGGGGAAUGCGGGCGGAGGGUAUGGGGGAGGAGGGGGGGGAUACUCAGGUGGGGGGGGAGGAGGAGGAGGGGGAGGGAACGUGUGGUCGCUGAUGCCGUCUCUGCCCGAGAAUCUGGUUCCGCCUGCGCUGGCGCUUGCGCCAGCAGCAGCGCGCGGAGGCUCUCCCAAGAAUUCUCCUGGAAAAACACCUGAGAAAUCACCUGAGAAUUCCCCUGGAAGAAUCCCCCCUAUGAUGCUCUCCCGCAUGCAGAUGCUGAACCAAUGGCUCGCCUCCAUGCCUCACCCUCCGUCCCAAUCCCUUUCUGCCACGUCAGUGUCAUCCCCUGCUGCAGGGGCAUCAUCAGCGCCAGCACCGGCACUCCCCUCUCUCCUGGCUGCCACGUCAUCCUCGUCCACGUCAGCCACUCAGGUUACAUCAGCAUCUGGACAAGUGUCAUCCACAGUUCAAGUCACUUCGUCCGUUUCUGUAACCGCAGCAGGUUCGGGAGCUGCCGAGCCUGUUGCCGAGCCUCUGGCGAUGCUCGCCAUGGCUGCCGCCAAACGUCUGCUGGAGGAUCGGCUGGCGCGGGCAGAGGAGGAGGAGGUGGUGGGUGAGGAGGUGGAGGAGGGGGACGAGGACGAGGAGGAGUGGGAGGAUGGGGAGGAGGGAGAAGAGGGUGAGAGUGAGGAGUUGUGUUUGAAAGCACGAGGGGAGAGUGAGGUGGGGAUGCUGGCUGCGGAAGUUUCCAAGAAGCUGGGUGAGCUGGUGGAGGCAGCGAGGAAGCUUCGGGGGAAGAUGCAGGGAUUUGCUCCUGUUGAGACUGCAACUUCCCGCGUCUUCAAUCUGGUUACGCAGGUUACUGACGUGGCACUAGCGGACGAGCCUGCCGCCCUGCUCUGGCUGCACGCGGUGGGCGGCGCAGUCAGCGAUGAGCUGGCGCCCGGAAUCUUCCUCGCAACUUCCUUGUCUGCCUCGCCACUGAUGCUUUUAGUUAAGUUCCACGACUUGAGUGUGAUUAUAGAGGGCGGGAUGAAAGCCGUGUGGAAGCAGGCUGUAAAGAGGCUGCCGAAGGCGCUUGUAGAGAGGAUGGAUGAGGAAGGGAGGAGGGAAGUGAGGGGCAUGGAGGAGGCACUGGAGGAAGGAAAGGUGGCAGUGGGAGUGAGUGAGGGAGUGCGGAAGGCACAGGAGGGAUUGCUGGCGCUCGUGUUGGCUCUGGGAGGGGUGAGUGAAGGAGGGGAGGGAGGAGAGGAGGGAUCACUGAAGCUUAAGGGAAGUGAUGGCGCUGCAAAGAUGCAGCAUUCUAAAGCAGCACCUGAGGUUUCACCUGAAGCUGUGGAGCCACCUGUGGCUGGUGAUUCUGAGGCACCUCCAGCUGCAGAGGCCGGGCAGAAGAAAGUUUUGUUCUCGAUUGACGGCAGCGAACUGGAUGCGAACACCAAAGCGGCCAAUCAGCUGAAGAGAGAGCUGAUGAGCCUCUGCGAAAAGGGCAGCCGGAAAACUUUCGAGCUGCCUGGAAGCAUGUCGAGCACUGUCAUAGAGGUUUUCCGGGCAGUCGGGUUCGAGUAUAGCAUACCCGACGUGCACGGGCAGGUGAAGAAAGAAGCACGUUGGAAGGGGGAGAGGAAGGAGCUUCAGUGGAGAGGGAAGGAAGGGAAGGAAGGGAAGGAGGGGAAGGAAGAGGGGGAGGUGUAUUUGGAGGGGGAGAUAAGUCAGCUGCAGGCUUUAAAGAAGGGGCUUUAUCUGGACUUGCAGCAACUGGACGUGAAGCCCAGUGUGCUCAGCAAGUUGGUGGAAGGUUCCUCGAUGGCGAGUGUGGCGGAUGGCAUGAUUGCUGUGCUGAAUGCAUGCAGCCGUGCUCUUGAGGCCGGUGCUGCUGCUGCUGAUGAUGCUUCUGAUGGUGUUGGUGCUGGUGCUGAUGGUGCUGGAGGUUCUUCUGGUGCUGCUGGUGCUGCUGGUUCUGGUUUGGAUGGUAACAUCAUCACCCCGGCCAUCUGUUCGCAUGAUCCUCCUGCUCCUAACGAUGGGGACGCUGCUGCUUCUGACAAUGCUGUACCUGCUGCUGCUGCGGAAGCCAGUGCAGCGCCUGCACAUCCCACCUGUGUGGUGUUCUCUCGACACGACAUCCUCUCAGCCCUUCCCGGGGGUCUGGAGGGCUGCUCUGGUCGCGUCGAUGCCUCCAUGCGGUUACCACCCAAUUCUGCUGGAGGUGUUCCGCUACAGGAUGUUACUAUAGAGGUGCUGGACCAACACAGCAAGGCCACGCCCAUGCUACAGCUGAUCAAGGAGACUGAAACCCUCUCCUCCCUCUCCCACCCCCACAUCAUCCCCCUCCUUGGCUACUCCCUUGAAUCCCCCUGUCUGGUUUACCCGCGUAUCCCUCACGUAUCUCUCGCCGAUCACCUGCCGUAUGGUAACCGCGUGGCGCGGUUACCGCCUCUCCCGUGGUUUGUCCGGGUGCGGAUUGCUUAUGAGGUGUCGGCCGCUCUGCUGUUCCUGCACCAGCAGCAGCCGCACCCGGUGCUCCAUCGGGAUCUCCGGCCGGCAAACAUCGUCCUUUUCUGUGAGGAGAAGGCCGGGCGGGGGAAGGAUGGAAGCGGGUGCGAUGAAGGGGUGGUGGGAGAGAGGGGGGAUGCUGGUAUGACUCUAAGGGCCCCUUUGUGGUGGCCCAGGUUUCAGAGGGAGGAUGGAGCAAAGGCUGCAGCACCGGCAGAAGUCUCCGGUUCGAAUCUUUCUGGGCGCAGGUUGGUGAGCAAGCUGGCUCGUGUUGGCUUCUCAGCUCUGAGUCAGAACCAGAGGACUGGGAGGGCGAGAGUGGAAGAUGUGGUUUUUCUGGAUCCGGAAUAUCCAAGAACUGAGGAGCUGGUCCCGUCUUCUGACGUGUAUGCGCUGGGAGUGGUGCUCAUGCAGUUGCUGACUGGACGCAAUGCCACGUCAGCGCUGAGCGUGGUGACUGGAGUGGUGGAAGGGAACAAGGAGCUGGAGGAAGUUUUGGAUGAGGGGGCUGGGGGAUGGCCUGCUGAUGUGGCAAUGGAGGUGGCUGAUCUGGCAGCUAAGUGCACGGAUAUGAGGAGGUGCAAGAGACCCAGUUUGGCUGGAGAGGUGGUGCCCGUGCUGACAAAGAUGCAUGCUCUGGCCCUGGAGGUUGAGAACAAAUGA